AUGACACAACAAAAUAUCGCGGUAAAACUCUGUGGCGUUCUACAAUCCAAUAACGAGCAAGAAGUAACAGCACGAGAAUGGCGGUUGGUGGGUCAAGAACAAGAUGGUUCCCAAAUAUUAACCUGGCACUCCACAGUCGAAGACAAAGAAGUCAUGAAUGUCGGAGUUUACAUCAACAAAACAAAGACGUUGACAACCCUACACACUUUUGAGGACAAAUUAAACAUAAUACAGGCUUCUGUAAACUCAUCUCACAGUCUACUUGUGUAUGUUGUGAAAACUAUACCAACGGAUGAUGAUGAACAAAAAGAACCCACUUACUCACCAUAUCUGGUGUCCCUAUUACCAGAUAAAGUGAAUUUACCAGAGGAAGUGGAGCAGGCAUCGACAAAACAGAUCAUGUUGCAGUUUGUGUAUGGAAAAAGCAAUAAGUACAGCCCUGGCAUAAGAAAUGAUAGAUUCUUGCUGUUCAAACAUUUGGAAUAUAUCAAAAUCUACCGAUCACCAUUGUUUCUCAAUGAGUGUGACGAUGGGUCGGAGAAGUGGGGUUUUGAUGGUAUAUACCCUGAACCUGAAACCAUAGUCAAUGUGUUCUCCUGGGCGCAAUGGGAUUGUGUUAAUCAGGUAGUAUUCUAUAUCCACUACCGUUCCCCGUGUCCUGGCUUUGCUGAGGAGGAAGCUCGCUCACCGGAGUUGACUCCAACACUAUCUGCCCUUCAGUUACAUGCUGAUCUGCCUCACGAGACUGUUCUGAACAUACCUCUGAGUCUGCCUCAUGUAGCCGGUGCUCACGGCGCCGCUGCAGCUUGUGGCUCAUACGAAGACGACCCUGUGCCUCUAAGGGUUCACGACUGUAGUCUAGACUUGUACAUCAUAUGCGACCAGCGAGGGAUGCUCUGCGUGUGCCAUCACUAUCUAUACAAGCCUCUCGAUGAUUCAACGAGUUCUCUGGUGUUGGACGACGUGGAUCUCAAAGACUCCGGUGUUAAUUUCGCUUAUUCCGUGACCCUGCUGCAUCACGGCUGCGUGGUUCACAGCGUGGUGCCCGACCUGCCCUGGUCGCUCGCCAAGUCCCUGAGACCUUCGUACACCCUGUAUAAUGACAAUCACCUGCUCGUCCACAUACCGAUGUUGUUCACACAUCUAAUAGACAUCAGUCUCCAUCAUGAGCCGUGUUGCCACAUAGUAGUGCCAAUGGAGCCCAGCGAGAGUGGACCCAGCCUCGCGCCUUUACUGGGCUGGGGACCUCACGCGAUGGUGGAUCUGAAUACACUGGACGUUAUAACUAUGGGUGUGACGGACAAGGACCUGGCCAGCACCUUCAAGAGCGAUACCGCUGAUGAGAACAAACUGGCCAUCAUGCAUUAUUUGAUACAACACGAAGGAAACACUGACUUAGCGGAGGAGUUGUUGUCGUGGGUGUGUUCCCUGGGUCCGGGCGGUUGUUCCCAGCUCGUGAUGCAGGAGUACCUGGUGUCAUCGACCUUCGCCGCCACUCGUCGUUCCCUGUCCGCCUCAGCCAUGUCGCUGCUGAACGCUCUACCAUUCACGCUUCACCUCAAAUUCGCCGAUGUUAAAGUGCGUGGCCAGCGCGUGUGUGUGUCCGUGUGUCCUCUGUGGCGCGGCGGGGCGGCGGCCGUGGUGCUGUCCCCCCGCCAGCGAGUGUGUCAGUUCUCAGAGGACGCGUGGACCCGUCUGUGGUCGGCGCUGACCACUCAACCCACCACAGCCAAGAGACUCCGGGUAGAACACGUGCGGGAGAGACUUGCACUCACCAUGCACUGCUAUCAGCCCGAAGCCCUAUCUCGCUGCAGCACACCCAUGUCACCGACGGGGUCUCUGCCCCCUCGCCGGCCGUCCUUGGUGUGUCAGGACGCUCUGCCCUUCGUUGAGCUCGAUGUGUGCACGACCAGCAAGCAGGAACACGUCAUCGCUGCGAACCUCCGCGCGGUGAGCGUGCACCUGAUGUCGGAGAGUGCGUCCAGCGGCCCCGGGUCACUGGAGAGCGGUGUGCACGCGCUGGCCACCCGGUGGUCGGCAGCCCAGCUGGACGCGGCGCGCGCCCUGUGCCGGUCUGUGGUCCGCGCGGCCGCCGCCGUCCCACUGCCGCACCAGCCGCGCGGUUUCCCGUUUAUCGAUGAGCUCGAUCCAACGCACGCCUUGAUCCUGUUCAAGUUGUUGGAGCAGUACUACGUGGCCAUCGACUCGAUCGCCUUUCCCCUGCCUCAAGGCUUCAGUUCGUUCUUCACGUACCUCGGGUACCGCACGCUUCCUUUCCACGCAUUCGUGCAGUACGUGCAUAGAAAUGUAUUCGAGUUGCAGAUCGACGUACUCAAAGCAAUUAUAGCGAGUAAAGACGACUCCAACAAGCGUACAGUGAACAACAAGCUGCGUCUCAUACAGCUGGUGGGCGAGGGUCGCGGUCGUCGCGCGCUCGCUUCGUGGCCACACCGCGCGGCGCUGGUGCUGCGGGCCAGGGACCACGCGGCCGCCCUACUCAGCGGGGUGACGGCUCCCACACGCGACCACGCGCCGCACAGACCGGUCAAGGAUACUGGUAUAGCUGCCCUUCCAUCAGGUGAGCGUCUGUCUCCGCUGGACACGUUCCUGGAUCUCCUUACAGCGAAGGCCAGUUUAAAUGAGUUGGACUUCAACCUCAUCAUAGAAGCCACGUUAGCUUCUGUACAGGAGUCCAUGGCGGAGUUUGACACCCAGGCGCAGUGUGACGACGCCCUUAUCAAGCUUCGUAAUAAACCAGAUGCGCCAGUGACAGCCGAACCAGCAAGAAAACUCAAACCGAUGCUCUUGCUGAAGGGAGUCAGCUCCGACAUAGCACAAGAAGAUCUGUUAAGCACCCUCCUGCGCCAAAACCUGCAAUUGCACACAUACAGUGACACUGACAUCACAUACCGCUUCAAAAGAGGCAACAACCAAAGCACCCACCUCUACAACGCCGUCCUUGUGGCCAAUCCAGCCAUCUGGAAGUUAAUAGUUGAGAUAAGGAGAGUCUGCCUGGACUUCCAGAAGGUUCACGCGGAGAACUUCUCCCCAUUCCUACAGUGA